AUGGCCUGCCACAUCCAGGAGGCUUUCCAGGAUGUUUCCAAAUACUUCCCUAAGGAAGAGUGGGACAAGCUGAGAUACUCAGAGAAGAUCACCUAUGUGUAUAUGAAGAGAAACUAUGACACCAUGACUCGUCUAGGUCUCAAAGCCACCCUCCCAGCUUUCAUGUGUCCUAAAAGAAAGGCUGUAAAAUCCCAGGCAUGGAAUUCUGGAGAUGACAGCCACAGGGAUCAGAAUGAACCUAGUCAGGGGACUUCCAAUGCACCACAGAGAAAGCGCCCAAAGAUGAUGCCCAAGAAGCAAGCAAAGAAAAGAAAGGAUGCGAAGGAAGUGCCAGGAACAUCUGGCUCAGAACAGGCUAAGGGUCAGCACCACCACCAAGGAAAAGCAAGAAUCUCUGGGAAGAAGAAUAAGAAGACAUCAGGAUUCAAUAAAAGAGCUAAAAAUGUCUGGGCCCACCGUCUGCGUGAAAGAAAGAAUGUAAUAAUAUAUGAAGAGAUCAGUGACCCAGAGGAAGAGGACUGA